AUCAAAUAUGCGCAAGCGUGAUUGAUUUUUGUUUGGAAGAAGAAAGAAGGCUUGUCGCAUAACAAAUUUCAAAGAUAUUUUCAUUAUUAUAGAAAAGAUGCCCCUCGCUAAGUAUAAAUCAGUUAUAAUAGAAUGUAUAGACCAACUCCGCCAACGAAAAGCGCGACCAGAUGCAAUGCGAAUCGCUCAUUUGGUUGCGCGACGGCAUGGUUUGAAAACUGUUGAGACGGAAGCCUACCUUGAACAACUUGUCGACUCGGGAGACGUUUUGAAAGUAGAAUUUAAAGGAAACACAAGUUAUAGAGUUCCUUCAAGUUCCAAAAGCAUCAAACAUGGCAAGAAAAGCUUAAAUUCACAUGCAACUAACAAAAACAUCCUUGAUGCAUUAGCCGCACUUUGCGGCAGCGGUGCCGAUGGCGAGAACAAGGGCGCAAGUGUGAAAGAGAUAGAGAAAUGGUUCAACACCAAUUCUGUAGAGCCUCGCCUAACAAAGCAACAGCUUCAAGUAGCACUGGAUAGGGAAGCAGAUAAUUUGGUCAUCCUGAAACACGAAAAUGGAUUUUACAAGAUAAUUUCAGAAUCUGGAAAAGAAAAGCAAAAGAAAGGUGGACUUAAAAGAAAAUUGUCACCUAAACCAGUUUUGAAAACUGAAUUAUCUUUUGAUGAAUCAAGUCUUAACAGGAGAGGACGACCGCUCUCAAAGAGAAAGAAAAUAAGGAAAAAUCAUGGACCAGACUUUGAAACUUUUUAUGAACAAAGAGCCAAUUCACCUGGAACAAGUCUAUCUUGUGAUUAUUGUCUCAAGUCUGCCAGGGAAAAAGAUAAUGGAGAUUUAGAAAAGAUACUACUCUGCAAAGAUUGUAAUGCACAAGCACAUCCUUCAUGUAUGGGUUACAAUCCAGUGUUAGCCAAGAGAGCAUUGCGUGGACCAUGGCAGUGUAUAGACUGUAAAAUCUGUAUUGUGUGUACAGAUGCUGGCGACCCUGACACAAUGUUAGUUUGUGAUGCUUGUGACAAAGGUUUCCAUAUGAACUGUCAUGAACCAGCAGUGGAGAAGAAACCACAAGGAAAGUGGGUAUGUGGUAAUUGUGUAACAGAAGGAACAGCCGAUGUAAGUGUGGAGGUAGAAGACGCACAAGAGGAAGAGCAGGUGGCAGAGGGUGGUGGUGCGUCAUGUCUACCGACUCCCUGCGAAUCACCUGCAUCUGAAGAGGAAGAAGAGGAAAGACCAAAACCUCCUCCAAAGAAAAUGAAGAAGAAAAUGGAGAUAAGACCAUCAGCUGCUCCGCUAGCAAAAUAUCCUGAUGCUUCACGAUGGAAAGUGGCAGAUGUAGUUGGCUUCUUUGUCAAGCUAGGGUUUAAGGAACAGGCUUCCUCAUUUCAAGACCAGGAAAUAGAUGGACAAUCAUUAUUGUUACUGAAGAGAAGUGAUGUUUUAACUGGUUUGAAUUUAAAAUUAGGACCUGCACUCAAAAUUUAUCAACAUGUUGCUAAACUACAGACAGUAGGAAUAGAUAUAGAUGAUUAUUGAUAAAACAAUCAAGUUAUCAUUUCAUGAGUAUUAUCAACAUUUGAGAAUUAAUGUCUACAAUAUUUCACAGGGGCAGAUCCAGCAAUUUUAAAAAGGGGGGUUCCUAACCCAGGACAAAAGGGGGGGGGGGGUUCCAACUACAUGUCCCCAUUCAAAUGCAUUGAUUGUCCAAAAAGAGGGGGGUUCCAACCACGGAACCCCCUCUGGAUCCGCACCUGUUUCAUAUGUCAUGUGACAGUUAAAUAGGAAAGUGAAUAGGUAAUUGGUUAAAAUGCUUUUGGUGAUACAUGUAUCAUGGAUUCAUUAUUUUUUUGUGGAGUAUACUUUUUUAGGGAUUCUUUUGUAAAGGUGAUCAAUGAAUUUAAAUGUUCACAAUAUGCAAAUUUCCAUUAAGCUUAAAAGAAAACUUAAGCAAAACGAUCUUACAAAGUAACAUUAAAUUGUACACUACACCUUGAAAAAAAAAAUGAAAUUAAUUUGACAUUUUCAUUGUUGAGAAUUGGCUAUGAUAAAAAGCUCUAUAUUUCAUAUCAAUUUUUCCAAGACAAUUUAAGAUGAAUAUUAUAUGAAUCCUCUGACUUUCAAUUUCUGACAUUAACGCAAUUGUGAUUGUGUGGGUUUUCUGUGAAAUAAUAACAACAACACAUUAACAUUACAAUUGUUUACAUCAUUGUGUUCAACUGACAAUCAAGGUCACUUUGCAAGUUUAAUCCCGGUGAAAAUCAUGUGACUCUGUAUAUAUCAUAUUUGGAGAUCAUCUGAUUUUGUAUAUAUCAAAUUUGAAAUCAUCUAAGUUAUUAUUGUUGUUGUUUUUUCUUUAAAUUUUAAUUUCUAGAAUUAAGGAGUUAGGAGUGAAAAAUGUGAAUCCAACUAUAAAUCAAUUGAUAAAUGUGUUAACUCGUUUGAUAAGUUAAAAAAGACCAGUUAUUUAAGCAGAAUAUCUGGACAAGUACAGUUUUUGGGCCAAAGUUCAGGUUUUGAACAUUUGCAUUUUCCCUAAAAAAAACACGACAACUUCAGUGUCAACUUUAUAAACUUUUCAAACAAGAUGAUCUUCCCAUUAGAAUAGUUCCAGCUGUUAUUAUUAUUAACUUGAUUAUAAAAGAACACCUCAGGUUUGAAGCCUAAAUGCAGUUGAAAUGGAAUUGUGACUUUUUAGGUCGGUAUAACAUAGGUUGCAAAUAUUAUGUAAAACUAAGUUACAAAUGCAUAUUUAUAAUACGAGGCAGUCAUUCCUCUUGAUGAGUUUUGGUUAUUUAUGUUCUUGGGUCUGUGUCACAUUAUUGUCAUAUUGAGUUCAGAUAAAGAGGGGAACUGCAUCGGUGAAUUAAAAGUUGCUAAAAGAAGUCAGAAACAUGCUCUCAUUUUGUAGAAUUCUAAAUCAGGUAUAUGUUGUUAGGUGUUAAUUAGACCAUUUAGAUUGAUAUAUAUAUUGAUUAAAUAAAAUAGUAAAAUAAGUAAGUUAACAGUUCCAUUCUAUCGAUUUCAUCCUUCCAUUGGGACUCUACAGGAUAACUGAUGUAGUGUCGCUAUAAGCGACGUUGUUAGGAGGUUUGUGAUGUUAUGGCAUUGUUCGUUAUUAAAAAUUCUCUGGAUUUAAUUUCGAUCAGAACGUUGUUAUGAAAUAAAGUACCAUCUCUUUUCUAUAUGCUUCAUCCCGUCUACAUUUAAAAAUAGGCAUAAUUUGAAAAUGCUUUUUACCACAAGUUAAUGACCUCACCUAUAGCGACACUACAUCAGUUAUCCUGAAGAGUCCCAAUGGAAGGAUGAAAUCGAUAGAAUGGAACUGUUAACUUUAUUAUUUUACUAUUUUAUUUAAUGAAUAUAUAUCUGCACAUGUGAAAAUAAUUUGUUAUGCCUAUAUAUAUUUAUAUAUACAACUCGUCUAAACAUCAACCAAACAAUGUUAGAUCUGUAAAUUUGCUUUCACAAAUUUUUUGUUCUGCCCUCGUCCGGAUUUGAACCCAUGCUACUGACAUAUAUGGUGACACCAAAUCGUCUGCACUGUAGCCGUCCCGCUAGACCACACAUAUAUACA